CCUCCCACCCCCGUCCCCAUCCUCAGCCCCCAAUAAAUCUAGCCGCUGCUCGCCUCGCCGCUGCGCAAUCAUGCCCGCGCGCGAGAACCAGAGCCAAGAACCGGACGGCGUCCCACGAUGGGGAGGCUAUGCUCACGACGCUCAGUCUCUUUCCCUGUCCUCCUCCUCCUCUGCUGCCUCUCAUGGCAGUCCUGCUGGCUCCUCCACGCCCUCCCGCUAUGUACCGACUCAAGGGCGCCGGUGGCGCUGAACGGGACGCUGGGAUUCUGCUCCUACAGAGGGAGCAGCUGCUGCGACGUCGCCGCGGACGCUGCGCUGCAGAAGCAGUUCAAGGCCAUGAACGUCUCUGACGCACCGUGCGCUGCUGUCCUCAAGUCGGUCCUCUGCGCGAAAUGCAAUCCAUUUUCAGCUGACUUGUUCAACUCAAGCUCAAAGAUUCGUAUGGUUCCUCUUCUGUGCAAUUAUACCUCUUCAGGAAGUCGUUCUUCUCAAUCAAAAGAUUCCACACAAGACUACUGCAAACUAGUUUGGGAAACGUGCAAAAAUGUUACAAUAUUGAACUCUCCUUUUCAACCUUCCUUGCAAGGAAGUGCAAGACUUCCUAACUCAUCAUCAAAGCUUAUUGAUGUCUGGCAGUCAGAAAGUACCUUCUGCACAUCGUUUGGUGGCUCAUCUAAUGACCAGUCAGUAUGCUUCGAUGGAAAUGCAAUUUCGUUUAACACUACUGAACCACCACCCUCUCCUAAAGGGGUAUGCCUUGAGAAAAUUGGUGACGGGUCAUACCUAAACAUGGCCCCUCACCCUGAUGGAUCCAACAGAGUUUUCUUGUCUAACCAAGCGGGAAAGAUAUGGUUGGCAAAUGUCCCAGAACAAGGCUCUGGAAGUACUCUACAAUUUGAUGAGGCGAACCCAUUUAUCGAUCUAACUGAUGAAGUGCAUUUAGAUUCUGAGUUUGGACUCAUGGGUAUAGCAUUUCAUCCAAAGUUUGCUACCAAUGGGCGCUUCUUUGUUUCUUAUAACUGUGAUAGAACCCAAUCACCUAGCUGUGCUGGUAGGUGUUCAUGCAAUUCUGAUGUUGAAUGUGACCCUUCAAAGCUCGGCACUGAUAAUGGUGCCCCACCAUGCCAGUACCAAGUUGUUGUUUCAGAGUAUUCUGCAAAAGCCUCCUCAUCAAAUAUUUCUGCGGUAACAUCAGCUAAUCCAUCUGAGGUAAGAAGGAUAUUUACAAUGGGACUGCCAUAUAGAGCUCACCACGGAGGACAAAUCCUUUUUGGGCCUGCAGAUGGUUAUCUCUACCUUAUGAUGGGGGAUGGUGGAAAAAAAGGCGACCCAUUCAAUUUCUCUCAGAACAAGAAAUCACUUCUUGGGAAAAUAAUUAGGCUUGACAUUGACGAUGUACAAAGCCAGAAUCAAAUCAGUAACCAGAGCUUGUGGGGUAACUAUUCAAUUCCGAAGGACAAUCCGUUUGUUCAAGAUAGUGACUUACAACCAGAGACUUGGGCUUUGGGAUUUAGGAACCCAUGGAGAUGCAGUUUUGAUUCUGAGAGGUCUUCCUACUUCUAUUGUGCAGAUGUUGGACAGGAUGCAUAUGAAGAGGUAGAUUUGAUCUCCAAGGGUGGAAACUAUGGGUGGCGGGCAUAUGAGGGCCCAUAUACUUAUGAUCCAGAAUGGGCACCUGGAGGGAAUACAUCACUUAGUUCCAUAAAUGCCAUCUUCCCUGUCAUGGGCUACAAUCAUUCUGCUGUCAACAAGAACGUUGGAUCUGCAUCAAUUACAGGCGGAUUUGUCUAUCGAGGUUCCACAGAUCCCUGCUUAUAUGGAAGGUAUAUUUACGCGGACCUAUACGCAUCAGCAAUGUGGACUGGCUCAGAGACCCCACAGAGCAGCGGAAACUACACCUCCACUCUGACACCAUUCAGCUGCUCCAAGAACUCUCCGAUGCCCUGCGAAUCCGCAGACGGAGGCUCUACCCUGUCGUUGGGCUACAUAUUCUCCUUCGGCGAGGACAACAGCAAGGACAUCUUCGUUUUGGCGAGCAAAGGCGUCUACCGGGUUGUCCGGCCUAGCUUGUGUGGCUACACUUGCCCCACGGAGAAACCAGCAACCGAUAAUGGAACAGCGACACCUUCUGGCCCUUCGUCGUUAGCCUCGGCGACACGGGUGUGGAAGUCAAUGGCAGUGUCCUUGGCGUUUGUUGUAUAUAUACUGUACUUCUGAGCUUUAUGCGGUUAUGCCUGUGUAAAAUAGUACUGUUUUGUUCUAGUAUUUUGUACAGCAUGCACGGGGGACUUUGUGAUGCUUGAUUUUCAUUCAAACUUUAUGUGGUUUAUGGCUUGCGGAACUUUCUCUUUCGGUUUCUAUCCCCAAAGUUUGUAACCACAGAUAUAGAUGUAUGGCUGCCAAAUCUGAACUAAGAUAAUACAGUAUACAUAUCGGGCUUCUGGAA